CUGACAGUAUUUGUUGGUGUUUCGUUUUGUUCUGGUCCUAAAUCCGCAGCUAUAGAUUUGGUGUGGCUGGUGUGUCUGGCUGUGAGUUUCGGAACCUGGUUCGCCUCCGCAGAGAGACAUAGCGUCUUCUGGAAUAGCACCAACCCAAAUUUCCUAUGGGAUGAGUACACAGUGGAGGUGAAAAUCAACGACUACCUGGACAUCAUCUGUCCUCACUACACGCGCGGGGACCUGCCAUCCCAGGAGGCCGAGCGGUACGUGCUGUACAUGGUAGAGAAGGAGGACUAUGAAGUGUGUAAGCCCCACUCCUUCGACCAGCUGCGUUGGGAAUGUUCCCGGCCCUUCGCUGCCCACGCCCCCGAGAGGUUCUCCGAGAAGUUCCAGCGCUUCACCCCCUUCACCCUGGGCAAGGAGUUCAGACAGGGAGAGAGCUACUACUAUAUCUCCAAGCCGCUGCAUCACCACGGCCAGGAGUGUCUGAGACUGAAGGUGGAUGUGGUUGGACCUCAUGGUUCUGGGAAGGCCAAGGCUGACAAAGGCAAGGAUGGAGCGAUGGAGGAAGUGAUGGAUGAAGGAAAGGGAAAGAUGGGGGGAGGAGGAGGAGGAGUGCACAACCCCUCCAACAGGCUUCCAGCCGAUGACCCUACUGUGUUGGAGCCUAAGGUUCAGAAGAGUGUGGGUAGUUCAGGUGUUCAGCUGGUCUCCCUGUCGGUCUUCUUCACCCUGUUCCCCGUCCUACUAUCCCUGUUACUAUAUUGACUGAGUUAAAGACCUAGCUACAGAGACACUGUCAACCCAAUGCUGGACAUUGGCACAGAGAAGAUUUUUAUAGAUAUUUUUAUAUUUGCAACUGGACUGAGCUGCUGUUUGUGUGUGUGGUGUGUGUGUGUGUGUGUGAUUGGAACGUGGAUCGUUCCAGAGACGAUGAUCUUCAAGAGUAUUUUCUGAAGGAUGUUUUUCUACAUGUUUUUGUAAAUGAAAGAGGAUGGAUGCUAUUCCCCCUUUUUUCUCCUUUUCACUCCAUUUGAUCUGUAUGGACACUUGGAAACCCUACUGACUCUGGAACAGAUCUAACUGGAAAUGUGAUGUACUAAUCAUUAUUAGAAAACUGACAAAGGGAUAACUGUUUUCAUGAUUACCCUGAAUUGAAGUUUAACAGUGAUAUACACUGGGUGUAAAAAAAACAUGAUCAGUACCUUCCUAAGAUUGAGUUGCACCCCCUUUUGCCCUCAGUACAGCCUCAAUUCGUCAGGGCCUGGACUCUACAAGGUGUCGAAUUCAUUCCACAGGGAUGCUGGUCCAUGUUGACUCCAAUGCUUCCCACAGUUGUCAAGUUGGCUGGAUGUCCUUUGGGUGGUGAAAGAUUUUUGAUAUACACAGGAAACUGUUGAGGGUGAAUAACCCAGGAGUGUUCGUUCUUGACACUCAAACCAGUGUGCCUUGUACCUACUACCAUACCCCAUUCAAAGGCACUUCAAUCUUUUGUCUUGCCCAUUCACCCUCUUAAUGGCACACAUAAACAAUCCAUGUCUCAAUUGUCUCAAGGCUUAAAAAUCCUUCGUUAACCUGUAUCCUCCCCUUCAUCUACACUGAUGGAAGUGGAUUUAGCAAGUGACAUCAUAGUCUGACAUGUAAAGAGCAGGUGCUCCUAAUGUUUUGUACACUCAGUGUAUAAUGUGGUUACAUAUGGUUCAAUCUGAAAUAGUUUGAGCCAAAGCCUACAGUAGUCCUCUGAAACAGCCUCAUGUUUCCUCCUCUACAUGUAGAGACUUGCUGUAUAUAGAUGUAUAUGUAUUAACUGACCCUCCUCUACAUGUAGAGACUUGCUGUAUAUAGAUGUAUAUGUAUUAACUGACCCUCCUCUACAUGUAGAGACUUGCUGUAUAUAGAUGUAUAUGUAUUAACUGACCCUCCUCUAAGCACGGUUCAUGUCUUGUUUAGUGUAGUAGAUACUCAGGUCAAUGGGGAUGUUUCUUCUUGACAUGUCACUAAAAUCAAACUAAAGUGUAUUUGUCACAUCCACAGGAUACAACAGGUGUGAACAGUACAGUAAAAUGUUUACUUGCAAGCUCUUCCUCAACAAUGCAGUAUUCAAUUAUAAUUCACUGUACAAAACCCAAUGAUGUGACAGAUGCAUACUCUAAAGCACAGAUUAUCACACACUAGAACGAAACACACAUUCUAUGUUGUAGAUAUACACAGAUCUCUACAUAACCAGAUCCUCUGUCAUUGAGAUGGUACAACAGCUUCUUGUGAACAAAUUGGGAUUGUUUUAGUCAUUGCUGGUUUGCUUUUGUAUGUCUUUAUGGUUUAGUGUUGAACAGGUGUGUGUGUGUGUGUAUAGGAACGAGAUGGAGGGAAUGGGAGUUGAAGGGAAGGAGGAGAGCAAAGCGCUAAUGACAGGAUUCUGAGUGGGUGUUGUGAUUGCAUGACGGCUGGGAGCUGUGCUUCCUUCCUUUACUGAUGGUCAUUCAUCGCAUACUCUGAUAUACUGUAAACAACGUCACACAAACAACAUAACCGGUACACUGGACAUUAUGGUGUGUGCACAGCACAGUAGGUUGGUGGCACCCUAAUUGGGGAGAACUGACUCGUGGUAAUGACUGGAGUGGAAUCGGUGGAAUGGUAUCUCAUACAUAAACACAUGGAUGCCAGGUGUUUGAUUCCAUUCGCUCCAUUUCGGACAUUAUUUUGAGCCGUCCUCCCCUCAGCAGCCUCCUGUGGUUUACAGGUGUUACACAAAAUGCAAAGGAAAUCCCUACAUACAGACACUGUAUUGUCAUUUGUUUUUGUAAAUGUUUGUAUGGAAAAUGUGUACAUAGAAAAAUAUGGAAAUAACAGCAUUUGUUUAAAAUGUGAAAACUUUAAUGUAAUUAAAAACAGUGAUAUAAUAAA